UCCCUGUCCCUCUCUGUAUACUAGCAUUUGAGUAGGAGGGGUGUUUGUGGGUUACAGGCUUGAGCAAAGUCCCUUUGCUAUAGCUGAGCAUCUGCCGUUUCCUCACUCCUCGGUGCCGGUCCAGCAAAAUAAUAAAGUCAAAACACUUGCGGAGUUUGGAAAUCCCUGUUAUUCCGUAGCUAUGGCCACACCACUAACCGACCAGGAGAGGAGAAAACAGAUCAGCGUUAGAGGGUUAGCCGGGUUGGGCGAUGUUGCGGAAAUCAAGAAGAGCUUCAAUAGGCAUCUUCACUUUACUCUUGUCAAAGAUCGCAAUGUUGCGACCCCAAGGGAUUACUACUUUGCAUUGGCGCAUACAGUGAGAGAUCAUCUCGUCGGACGCUGGAUUCGCACGCAACAGUAUUAUUAUGAAAAAGACCCGAAGAGGAUUCACUACCUGUCUCUGGAGUUUUACAUGGGCCGCACCCUGCAGAACACCAUGAUCAACCUGGGCCUGCAGAACGCCUGUGACGAGGCCAUCUAUCAGCUGGGGCUGGACCUGGAGGAGCUGGAGGAGAUCGAGGAGGACGCCGGACUGGGCAACGGAGGACUAGGGCGGCUCGCAGCCUGUUUCCUGGACUCCAUGGCCUCCCUGGGCCUGGCUGCAUACGGUUACGGGAUCAGGUACGAGUUCGGCAUCUUCAACCAGAAGAUCUCCAAUGGCUGGCAGGUGGAGGAGGCAGAUGAUUGGCUGCGCUAUGGCAACCCCUGGGAGAAGGCCCGCCCUGAGUAUAUGCUUCCCAUUCAUUUCUACGGGCGAGUGGAUCACAGCAGCGAGGGGGUGAAGUGGGUGGACACACAGAUCGUCCUGGCGAUGCCGUACGACACCCCCAUCCCGGGGUACAAGAACAACACGGUGAACACCAUGCGGCUGUGGUCGGCGAAGGCUCCCAACGACUUCAACCUGCAGGAGUUUAAUGUCGGGGACUACAUUGAGGCAGUGCUGGACAGGAACUUGGCUGAAAACAUAUCCAGGGUCCUGUACCCAAACGACAAUUUCUUUGAGGGCAAGGAGCUGCGUCUCAAGCAGGAGUACUUUGUGGUUGCCGCCACGCUUCAGGACAUCAUCCGCCGCUUCAAGUCCUCCAAAUUCGGCUGCAGGGACCCCGUGAGGACCUCCUUCGAAACAUUCCCCGACAAGGUGGCUAUUCAGCUCAAUGACACCCACCCGGCCUUAGCCAUUCCUGAGCUCAUGAGGUUCCUGGUGGACGUGGAGAAACUGGACUGGGACAAAGCUUGGGAGGUGACGGUGAAGACGUGCGCCUACACCAACCACACCGUCCUGCCCGAAGCCCUGGAGCGGUGGCCCGUGUACAUGUUCGAGAAACUCCUGCCGCGCCACCUGGAGAUCAUCUACGAAAUCAACCGUCGACACCUGGAGAGAAUCGCUGCUCUCUACCCCGGGGACACCGACCGGCUCCAGCGGAUGUCCCUGAUCGAGGAAGGCGACCCUAAGAGGGUCAACAUGGCCCACCUGUGCGUGGUGGGCUCGCACGCCGUCAACGGGGUGGCCCGGAUCCACUCCGACAUCGUCAAGGCUACCGUCUUUAAGGACUUCUGUGACGUGGAGCCAGAGAAGUUCCAGAAUAAGACCAACGGCAUCACUCCCCGCCGCUGGCUGCUGCUCUGUAACCCGGGCCUGGCUGACAUCAUCGCUGAGAAAAUCGGGGAGGACUUCCUUACUGACCUCUUUCAGCUGAAGAACCUUCUGAACUUCAUAGACGACGAAUCGUUCAUCCGCGACGUGGCCAAAGUCAAGCAGGAGAACAAGCAUAAGUUUGCGGCGUACUUGGAGCAGGAGUACCAGGUGAAGAUCAACCCUGAGUCCAUCUUCGACAUCCAAGUGAAGAGGAUCCACGAGUACAAGAGACAGCUGCUCAACUGCCUGCAUAUCAUCACCUUUUAUAACCGUAUUAAAAAGGACCCCAAUAAGCACUUUGUUCCAAGGACCAUAAUGAUUGGAGGAAAGGCUGCCCCUGGUUAUCACAUGGCCAAGAUGAUCAUCAGGCUCAUCACUGCCAUCGGGCAGGUGGUUAACCAUGAUCCUGUGGUCGGGGACAGACUGAAGGUCAUCUUCCUGGAGAACUACAGGGUCUCUCUAGCAGAGAAAGUGGUGCCAGCGGCCGACCUGUCGGAGCAGAUCUCCACGGCGGGCACGGAGGCCUCGGGCACCGGCAACAUGAAGUUCAUGCUGAACGGGGCCCUCACCAUCGGCACCAUGGACGGGGCCAACGUGGAGAUGGCCGAGGAGGCCGGGGAGGACAACCUCUUCAUCUUCGGCAUGAGGGUGGAGGACGUGGCCGAGAUGGACCGGAAGGGGUACAAUGCAAUGGAGUACUACAACCAUCUCCCAGAGCUGCAGCAGGCCAUCGAACAGAUCCGCAGUGGAUUCUUCAGUCCCAAGGAGCCGGAACUCUUCAAGGAUGUGGUCAACAUGCUGCUGAAUCACGACAGGUUCAAAGUAUUUGCUGACUAUGAGGCUUACAUCAGUUGUCAAGAGAAGGUCAAUGAUCUAUAUAAGGACCCGAAAGAGUGGACGAGGAAGGUGAUCCACAACAUCGCUGGCUCCGGAAAGUUCUCCAGCGACCGCACCAUCAGCGAAUAUGCCCGGGAGAUCUGGGGCGUGGAGCCCUCUGAUGUGAAGAUCCCGCCCCCCAACGUACCCCGCGAAUAAGGGCCGAUCCCCCGCACGCACGGGCCACCCUAGUUUACCCCCUCUCCCAACAACUCCGCCCCAGGCAUGACUCAUCACUCCGCCAUACGCCCUGUCCCAAACCCUGCGAUUCCACGACCCGAGUGCUGCUUGAAAACAAGGCUCCAUUUUGAGAGUGCGAGUCCAGACCAAAGUGCAGCGGUACGGAGUGUGUACAGUUUGGGACACGGCAAGAUGGCUGCGACUCACACAAUCAUAACUGUGACGAAACUGUGACCGCAACUUCCCGUUCUUUUAAUUUGUGCCAUUAUACAGCUGCAGGCCGAAACCAUCAAGGGAAUGGAAUUUAAUGCCGUUAUCUUCCUUCAAUAUGCAGAAUUUACAUUUCAAUAUUGAAUAGUGAUCUAGAAUUUGCACACAGAAAACGUAUUCUAAUAAUUUGCUGUGUAGACUUAAGGGUUGACAAGAAUAUUUUAAUAUGCCGUUUUAGUGAAGAAGGCUUUUUUUCCAUUUUCUAGUACAUUUCAUUAUCACACAUAAUAUCACUUAAAACAGGUGAAAAAAGCAUUAAAAUCCCUAAAAAUCAGGACAAAUAAAGUGACUUGUGUUCACAUUUUUGCACUUAAGAUACAGGGUGAGUACACCUGUAGUUCUUUCACCAGGAAAGGCCUUGAUAAUGACUUUGGAACAAUGUCAAAAAUAUUAUCUGAAUUUUUAGGGCUAAAACACAGAAUAGGUGGGCUAAAUUCUUUGUUGUACUUGAAUGUAUUUUAGUUUUAAAGCUACUCUUGCUACCGUUGUGUGUUUUUGGAUGUGGAUGUAUGUGUAAUUGUUAUUUUCUGUAGCAGCUUGGGCUGUCUUUUCCCACACCAUUACAAAGUACUGUACUGUUGUUAUGCUUAUGCAAAAAAAAAACUGAGAAAAGGAAUAAAAAGAGUAUCAUAGGAGGACCACAAA